AUGAGAUUCGCUCCUUUCUUGAGUGUUAUACUCGGCGCCACAGUAGCAUCAGCCUUGCCGCAACAGAAGGAUUUAUACGAGCUGUUUACCAGACCUGAGAACGCAUGGCAUCGGGACACUGUCCUCUCAUUCCCUGGAUCUCCUGCCUUCUAUAAUGCCACACUCCGCUGGACUCCCUCUGCCAAUCCUCAGUACUUUGCCGCAGUCUCUCCAGCUAAUGAGGCAGAUGUAGCCAAAGCCGUGAGACUCGCUAGCAAUGCCGGAAUCCCCUUCCUCGCACAAGGGGGCCGUCAUGGAAUCGCCGCACAGCUUAACACUCUGACAAACGGACUGGCAAUCGACCUCUCAAAGUUGAAUUUCGUCUCGGUAAAUAGGCGUGCUGCUACUGCUCAAAUUGGUGGCGGGGCCCGAUUCAGAGAUAUCUUUGGACCUGUGGGUGAUGCUGGCUUCCACCUUCAAACUGGCUCAGGCUCUUGUCCCGGCGUCAUGGGCGUUGCCCUGGGUGCUGGUGUGGGACGAUAUCAAGGCAUGUUCGGCCUCGUGCUUGAUAACUUGCUUUCUGCCCGUCUGGUGACGGCCGAAGGAAGGGUCGUCGACGUCUCCAAGUCACAGAACCCUGAUCUUUUCUGGGCUAUCCGCGGUGCUGGCGCGAACUUUGGUAUUGUAACCUCGGCAGUAUUCAAGCUUAACAAGGCACCGAACGGUGGGCAAGUGCUCAACGCCGAUUUCAUCAUUCCUGCAGCCUCCAACAGCUCGUAUAUGGAUCUACUUCAGACUCUUGAGAGAAUGCCACCUGAGCUUGCUACGAUCUCCUUUGUCUUAUGGAAUGAGACUAUCAGUCAGCCUCAGAUUCUUGCCAAUUGGGUUUAUACUGGCCCACGAGAGCAGGGAAUGAAACUAAUCGAUCCAAUUUUCAGACUCAAUCCUGUACGUAGUGAAAUAAAGAUGGUUGCUUGGAAGGAUCUUGUGGGCACGGCUGGCUUCGGGAUAGACGGCCUGUAUUGCCAGCCAAGCAACACGCAGUUCACUCAAAUCUCGACCAAUGUGCGUCGGCUCAGUGCUAAGACGUUCAAAACAAUGUUUGAGAAAAUGAACAACUUUUAUAGAAGGGUUCCUGCCGCUCGCGCAAGUGCCAUCGAGCUUGAAAUCUUCAACACUGAUGCAGCCAAGCGCGUGCCGAGGGACGAGACGGCUUACCCCUGGCGGGACACCAUCGGCUACACCAUGUACGAGUGGAGUUGGACAACUCCAGAGGCUCGUGAGGAGUGUAUUAAGAUGGGCAACGAGCUUCUGCGCGACUUUGUGGCUACGUCGGGAUAUCCCGAUGUUUCCGUCUACGUCAACUACGCCAGCGGCAACGAGACGGUUGAACAGAAGUUUGGGAAGGAUAAGCUCCCCAGGCUGGCUUCACUGAAGAGAAGGUGGGAUCCAAGAAAUGCCUUCCGAUACACUAAUCCCCUACCCACGAAGUAUCCUUGA